GUUUUGUCGAUACACAAUUUCUAUAAAGAGUUAAAGCCUUUGGCUUUACAUGAUUGCGGGAAAUGAAUCUGAGAUGAAACUGACCUCGUACCGAUUAUGUGUAUAUUUAUAGAUAGACCAAUGAUUGAGCUCGUUUUAUAAGACAUUUUACCCAUCAUCCUCUACGGUGGCGGUUGGUUCGUUUCUAGCAAAACAUUACAUUGACAGGACGUCCAGGAAGUAUCGUCAUGGCAUCACAGUACAAAAGAUCAGCUUUAGGUGGCACCAAGAAAAGAACAGGUCCCAAACCUGAACUCACUGAAGAACAGAAACAAGAAAUUAGAGAAGCAUUUGAUCUUUUUGAUGCUGAUGGAUCGGGAACGAUAGAUGUGAAGCAAAUUAAGGUUGCGAUGAGAGCGCUUGGGUUUGAGCCGAAGAAAGAGGAGAUUAAGAAGAUGAUCCAAGAUAUUGAUAAAGAAGGUUCCGGCACGAUAGACUUUAAUGACUUUGUGACGUUAAUGACUGCAAAGAUGGGUGAAAAAGAUUCUAAAGAAGAGAUCCUCAAAGCCUUUAGGCUAUUUGAUGAUGAUGCAACUGGUAAAAUAUCAUUUAAAAAUCUCAAACGAGUGGCCAAGGAAUUAGGAGAAAAUCUUACUGAUGAAGAGCUACAGGAAAUGAUUGAUGAAGCAGACAGAGAUGGAGAUGGUGAAAUCAAUGAAGCAGAGUUCUUAAGAAUUAUGAAGAAAACUAGCCUUUAUUAGAAACAUCACGUUAUUAAAAUGAUGACCUUUUUCAUCCCUAUUUGCCCAACAGUGGAAUGAUCCUUAUAUUUCAAACUUAAGGUUAUGCCAAAUUGCUGCCUAAAUAUAGGGAUUUUCAUAAAAUGCCUGUUCAGAUAUAAAUAUGGAGUUUAAUGUGUUGAACUCUUUUUAUUCCCCCCAUUCAUAUUUUUGGUUUUUUGUACAUUAUACUUUUCACUAUUGAUUUUUUUUGUCUAUAUGUGAUGUACACGGGUGUCAUAUAUGUUGUACACGGGUGUCAUAUAUGUUGUACACGGGUGUCAUAUAUGUUGAUAGACACUGUCGUACAGCUGAACAAAAUAUUUUGUUUUUGCAUCCUAUUUCCAGUGUACCCGGUACAUCACUUUACGGCAUCUGAAAAUUCAAAUCACCAUUUUGCCCAAUUAUACAUUACUAACACACUUGUCUAUAUACCUAAUACUUUUAAAUUCAAUUUUAAAAUAGUGUUAUGCAGCCAUGGUUUUUAAAUGUUAACAUCUCUGGUAUUUUAUAGAACAGAAUUUGGCAAGAAAAAAAAAGAUUAUCGAUGAACCCAUAUUGAUUCCUUUGCUGCUGACUAUUCCUAACUAUCAUUCGGUUAAUAUCCAGUAGGUCAAUGAUUUUUAGUCGUCACGCAGCACAUGUUCGAAUACUGUAAAUGUUGUUUACAUGUGUAAUCGUCGUAUGGGCUCUUAUACAUGUCAUAAAGGUUCUUGCGUUUCGUAGGUUCUUGUAUUCUUCACACAAGACCCAUAGCAAACAUUAUUCAGUGUGACAAUUGUGAUACUUUAAAUUUAUUUUGAAUCUUGUACGUGUGAAUUUUAUCUGGUCACACCAUGACUGUAUAAUCGGUGUUCAGUCGGGUUUGUGUCUGUCAACUUUGUAAAUAAUGAAAUCUUGAGAUCAUCAAUCGUAUGUGCCUAUGUGAUGCUUCCAUUGUUCUGAUAUUUAUUAACGUCCAUUUCAGAUUGUACUUAAUCCAUUUCUUUGGCACUCAUCAUUACCAUUUCUUGUUUGUGAUUGAAAUUUUUUUUGAUUCUCAAGUUCUGAUUGUGAAGUUUGUAAUCUGUAUUAAAGUAUAUCUUUUAUGUAAA